AUGGCAUCAGGCGGCUCGCGUAGCAGAAACGGCUGCUAUACCUGCCGCGUGCGCAAGAAGAAGUGCGACGAGCAGCAUCCCCGCUGCGGCAGCUGUACCAUCCGGAAUCUACAGUGCUACGGCUUUGACACCCCUCCUCCCGACUGGAUGCAAGGCAAGCAAAACUGGAAGGAGGUCAUGGCUACUUCGGAAGCCCGACAUCUUCAGUCCAUCGCAGAAACGCAAUACAAAGCUCGCCGGCGCUCCGGGCAGACUGUGAGCAGGCCCGAGGCUGGUCAGCUUGUGAGUGGAGGCAAACCGCCGACUAUACCACCGCCCAUUUGGUGGGAUGGAGGGGUCUGUUCCUCGCUGCCUACUCAAAAGACCUCUCGUGAAGACGCGUGCCUACUCAAGAUAUACCUUGAAUUUGUCUUCCCGGUUCAGUUCACAUUCUGCCCGUUAUCUGCCCCGGCGGAUCAUCGCUGGCUUAUGAGUGGCCUGUGCAGUAACCUUGCCCGGUAUCAGGGUGCUUUGAGUGUCAGCGCCUGCUUCGAUGCCUCGCUUAAAGAACCUCAGAGGAUAGAUGGCAUUGGCCUAAGUGUAGAGGUAGCGAAGCGGAAAGGUGUCGCCGUACAGGGACUGCAGACUCUGGUCACACGCUUCCAUCAACAGCGAGUUGGCCCCAAGGACAUGAUCAGAGUAGCAAUUCAAAUGUUGGAAGUCAUGCAUCAACUACUCAGUCUUGAAGUUUUCAGCAUGUUGGAGGGCACUUGGCAGAUGCAUCACCAAGCGACAAUGACUCUACUAGAAGCUGUUCAGAACUACAACGCUACGGGCUCACUCGACCAAGGGGGGGCUUCCUCACAUUCAUCCCCCCUUGACGUGGCGCUCGGGGAUUUUUCAUGUCCAGAUACCCAGAGGACACUUGAAUUCCACGUCGCUUGUGUCAUUUGGAUAGAUGUCAUUGCCUGCGCAACAUUUGGUUCUCCCUCGCGUGAUGCCCGGCGAUUCGACUACAUACCAUACCUUCGCACUAAUAAACUUAAAACGCAGGGUAUAAUGGGUUGUCAUUCAACAAUCAUGGCAACUAUCGCUGAAAUUACACAUCUGGCUGAUUGGAAGACUGCUCAGAUCCAGAGUAGAUCACUGGACGCAGAGGAGCUUUCCUCGCGUGGUGCAGCCAUAUCGUUGCAACUGAUAGAGCAAGUGCACGAACUAGAAACACAGUCCAUCGUUAAUUUGGAUGAUUUGGAAGCCCGAAGCCGUCUGGUGACUUUGCAAUUCGCCUGCGCUGCUCAGGUAUACCUGCACGUCGUCUUGUAUGGUUUUGGCAUAGAUCAUCCUGAACUUGUACGUCUAGUACGCCGAGGCUUGGAAGGGCUAGAGGCUCUUCCAUUCGGGCUGAUAAUCCGUGCCAACUGGGCAUUUACAAUCAUAGGAUGCUUUGCACAUGAAGACCUGCAUGAGCGUUUCCGGAGACCAGUAAAGAGUCUCAUGGAACACAAGCGGCCUUUGGGGAUGACAUGGAAAGGGUUGAUGGUCAUGGAAGAAUGCUGGCGUCUAAGAAAGUGUCAGCCGGAGGUGGAUGAUUGCUGCGAUUGGAGGAUGGCCAUGAAAAGCCUGGGCAAUCAAGUUCUGCUCGUCUAA